AUGGCAGCGCCACUGGCCCUCGCCGCGCUCGUCGUCGUCAGCGCCGUCGUCCUCACGCUCGAGAUCCACCACCGCCGUCUCCUCGCCCGUCUCCUCGGCGCCCUCGUCAUGCUCAUGGCGUUCGCGCUGCUCCCGUCCCUAGAGCUCCAGCUCAAAGCCGCGUGCUGUGCUGUCGUGUACCACGGCCUGACCGAAGGGCUGCGCCAGUGGCAACGCGACUUUCCCUGUGUCUUUGACCGCCUGCACGACCAGCGACUGCUGUUGUGGGCCUUAUUUUGGGCGCGCGUGGUCCUCUGGGGCGCGACGAUCGCUGGCUUCUCGGCCUCUCGGACGUUCUUCACGCCCGGGGCUGGUGCAAACAGGAUGGACGGCUCGUCGCGCUUUCAUUGGCUCGACAUUGUCGCACUGGUGCUCUACUAUGAAGUCGUGGAAGUGCUGGCGAUGCUCUACUUUGCCGAUGACGAGCUGACGUACACGUGGCCUCGAAAACGCGGGGGCAAUUGGCUGGCGGCUGUACUCGUGGGCGCUCUUGAGAGCUCGGCGCAACUGGAUGCAGUGGUGCAAGGGACGCUGUUUGCUGACACGUCGCCGCUGGCGCUACUGGCGGUGCUACUGCUGGUCAUGUGGCUGACGAUUGCGAUUCGAUGGGAUUCGAUUGCAGCAGGCAGUGGCCGUUUUCGGGUGUUCUAG